AUGAAUAUUGCAGUAGUUUUUCUAGUACAGAUCUCUAUACUGGUUGUAUAUGGAUCUCAUUUUCGGGGUGGUACGGUUAGUUGGAAAUACUUGGGUGAUGGCAACAAGGUUGAGUUUAAAUACUCACUUAGUUGGGCGCAUGGCCAAGGGAGUGGUGCAAACUGGAAGGCAGUUAACCUGAAGGAUAAUACCACAUUAACUAUUGGGUCUGGGAAUUACAGUGUAGUGGCCAACAAUUCCGCAGAGAAUUGGCAACGAGGAGAAGCAACUUCUAUUUAUAAUUUUCCAAACAAAGGACCUUAUAGAGUCAGAUUUACCGGUGCGGCUUGGAUAUCAUUAGGAUACGGAAGUGGUGGAAGCUGGAAUAUUCAGACGAUUGUUGAUUUAAACAAUCGUUCAGAUACACAUAACCCAAACUACAGUCCGAGUACAUUUAGCAGAGCAAUUUACAGAGUUCAGUUUGGCUGUAAAAUUAGAAUACAGAUUCCAGUCAUUGAUGUGGAUGGAGAUACCGUCCGGUGUAGGUGGUCAACUUCUACAGAAGCAGCUUCGAUAUCUAAACUGUUACCCAAUGCUGUUCUAAAUGAAAAUAAAUGUUUGAUUGAAUUCUCUGCAGUUCCAGGGAGCAAUUAUACGCUUAACAAUUGGUAUGCUGUUGCACUUACUAUGGAAGACUAUCCUCGAACGACAAUUAAUAUAGACGGGAAAAUAUAUACACCUAACACUCCCAUUACAAGUGUACCUUUGCAGUUUUUAGUGCGUGUGGAAGCGUCGCCUAGUCAAUGUAAUGACAAACCCGUCUUUGUAUCUCCAAGGCCAUCUGAAGGAAUAGUGAAAGUUUUAAAAGCAACGCACACAUUGAAUGUCAAGUUUUAUGUGCAAUCUAAAACUAGUUUAUUGGCCAUAGACGUUGAUGGUCCAAGAGAUCUUUUAAAGUCCAAUAUAAAGCCCGAUGAUCAAGGAAGACCAAAUACAUGGUUAGUUGAAGUUACAUGGAGACCACAACAAUCAGAUCAAGGAACCCACAUUAUGUGCGCGUCUGCAGAAGAUCAGUUUCGGAAACUAAGUGACACAAGAUGUAUAAAUGUUAUGGCAUGGGAUAUAGAUCCAUGUGAUAGAAGCCCAUGUCAGCACGAAUCUACCUGUAAAAGAGUUGGAUAUACGUCAGAUUUUAUUUGUACUUGUGUGCAUGGGUAUACUGGAAAUGUGUGCGAAACAGAUAUCAAUGAAUGUGCUUCAACUCCAUGUCAACAUGGCGGUGCAUGCCUUGACCUUAUUAAUAACUACCGCUGUCACUGUUCAUCUGGUUUCAAUGGUUUAAACUGUGAAACAAACAUAGACGAAUGCAGGAGUUACCCCUGUAUGAAUGGUGCUACAUGUACAGAUCUAGUGGAUGGGUAUACAUGUACUUGUAUUAAAGGGUACAAUGGGACUCACUGUCAAAUAGGUACGACUUUACACUACCAGGCUAUUUAG